UUGUCCUUCCCAAAGCUUGGGCGGAUGGAGGAGGAGGCUGCGAGGAAGAGGAAGAUGCCUUGGGCCCCCCAGGCAGGUGAGGAGGAAGUCAGUGUCCCUUUGGGUGGGUGUUGUGCUGGCUCUGUCAGCCGAGCAUGGCCCCGGCUGCAGGACAACCCCGCUGGCGCCGCCGUCCUGCCGGGGCCGGAGUUGGGGGGAUGUCCUUGGCCUUCCCUGUGGGCCGGAGGCAAAUCCCCUGCCUGUCCUUCUUGCUUCCUGCCCCAGGCCCCGAGCUGAGGACGGAGAGCCCGGAGGACAAAUCCCCCCGUGAGACCCUGGUGGGAGAGGCCGUUUUGAAGGGCUCCCCGGCGCAGGAAGGCAGCGGGGAGGAAAAGGGCCGGAGAUCCCCCCACAGGAGGGGCUCCAAAGCCAUCCCAGGGUGCUCUGAGGAGGAAAGAGCCAGCCUGUGCCGGGAAGGCAGCUGGAGCUUGAGGGGGAGCUCUGAGCUGGUGGUCCCUGAGCAGCCUCCCAGCAAUGAGAAGCCCUUCAAGUGCUUGGAAUGUGGGAAGAGCUUCAGGCAGAGCUCCCACCUCCUCACCCACCAGCACAUCCACACUGGGGAACGGCCCUACAUAUGUGGGGAAUGUGGGAAGAGCUUCAACUGCAGCUCCAGUCUCCACAAACACCAGCGUUUCCACACUGGGGAACGGCCCUACACAUGUCAGGAGUGUGGGAAGAGCUUUAGGCAGAGCUCCGACCUCCUCAAGCACCAGCACAUCCACACUGGGGAACAGCCCUACACGUGUGGGGAAUGUGGGAAGAGCUUCAGGCAGAGCUCCACCCUCCGCACCCACCAGCACAUCCACACCAGGGAACGGCCCUACAAGUGCUUGGAAUGUGGGAAGAGGUUUCGGACCAGCUCAGAUCUCCUAAGGCACCAGCGGACGCACACGGAUGAGAGGCCCUUCCGUUGCACCGACUGUGGGAAGGGCUUCAAGCAGAACUCCCACCUUGUCACCCACCGGCGAAUCCACACCGGGGAGAGGCCCUACAAGUGUGGGGAGUGUGGGAAGAGCUUCACUCAGAGCUCUAAUGUGACCCAACACCAAUGGACCCACCAGUAA